AUGGCAUCUGCCACGAGCUCUCAUGCCAGCUCAGAUCCCUUUGAUCUGGGUGUCCAUACCCCGCCUAACGCUCGAUUAGCCCCUGCAUCUCAGCUUCGACACAGCUCCCCCAUUGCGAACCGUCCCAUUGGUCUCACCUCCGCGUUCCGGCGACCGGCGGUGACGCCGCCCUCGCCCCUUAACAGACUCUCUAAUACCGCCGCUACGGAAGGAGCGCAGCGUGAGUCCGCCUCGAACCGGCCCGGCUCCGCCGAGUCCGCCAACCUCUUCCCGGUCUCUAUCGUUGAAGCUGCGAACAAGCUCGCCGUUGAGCAAAAGAAUGCCUACAACGCCAAAAUGACAGGUAUCGUCGAUGUCGGCGCCAUUCGUGGACAGUACGGUGCCCUGAGAACCACCCUCGAUGUCGUCUAG